CGCGUGCGCGCUGGGCGGAGCGCGCCUCUGCCUUCUUUACCAGCCCAGGCUUUCCCCGUCCCUGCACAGUGCCGUGCGCUGCUCGUAUUUCAUCGCCCGGUCGCAGAGGGUCGCUGCCGCUGCGGAGUGGGCGUUCGGUUUUCGGGCCGUCAUGGCUGGCUACGAAUACGUGAGCCCGGAGCAGCUGGCCGGCUUUGACAAGUACAAGUACAGUGCUCUGGACACCAACCCGCUCUCUCUGUAUGUCAUGCAUCCAUUUUGGAACGCUAUAGUGAAGGUAUUUCCUACUUGGCUGGCUCCCAAUCUUAUAACCUUCUCUGGCUUUCUGCUGGUUGUAUUCAAUUUCUUACUUCUGACAUACUUCGAUCCUGACUUUUAUGCUUCAGCACCAGGUCACAAGCAUGUACCUGAUUGGGUUUGGAUUGUCGUGGGCGUCCUCAACUUUGUAGCCUACACUCUAGAUGGAGUGGAUGGAAAACAGGCACGCAGAACCAAUUCCAGCACCCCUUUAGGGGAGCUUUUUGACCAUGGCCUGGAUAGUUGGUCAUGUGUUUACUUUGUUGUGACUGUGUACUCCAUCUUCGGACGCGGACCGACCGGCGUCAGUGUUUUCGUCCUUUACCUCCUGCUCUGGGUAGUUCUGUUUUCUUUCAUCCUGUCUCACUGGGAAAAGUAUAACACAGGCAUUCUUUUCCUGCCAUGGGGCUAUGACAUUAGCCAAGUGACUAUUUCUUUUGUCUACAUAGUGACUGCAGUGGUGGGAGUUGAGGCCUGGUAUGAACCUUUCCUGUUUAAUUUCUUAUAUAGAGACCUAUUCACUGCAAUGAUUAUUGGCUGUGCAUUAUGUGUGACUCUUCCAAUGAGUUUAUUAAACUUUUUUAGAAGUUAUAAAAGCAACACCCUGAAGCACAGUUCCGUCUACGAAGCCAUGGUCCCUCUCUUCUCCCCGGGUUUGCUCUUCAUUUUGUCUACAGUGUGGAUCCUCCGCUCUCCUUCAGAUAUUUUAGAAAUCCAUCCUAGAAUAUUCUACUUCAUGGUUGGAACAGCUUUUGCCAAUAUUACAUGUAAGCUAAUCGUUUGCCAAAUGAGCAGCACACGGUGCCCGACUUUGAACUGGUUGCUGCUUCCUCUCUUCCUGGUUGUGAGCACAGUGAGCAUGGGUGCGGCAGCCUCCCACCUGGAGAGUCUUCUCCUUCACGGGCUCACGGCAGCCUUCACUCUGGCUCACAUCCACUACGGAAUACAAGUGGUGAAGCAGCUGAGCGGCCAUUUUCAGAUCUACCCUUUUUCACUGAGGAAACCAAACUCCGAUUGACUAGGAAUGGAAGAAAAGAACGUCGGCCUGUAGUCUUCAGGAAGUCCUGUAAAUAGAUGCUUGUAAAUAUCUCCUCCAUCACCAUUGGACUAAACUGGUCUGCUUGACUGAUGUGGGAUCGCAGUGUGUGGCAGGCAUGUGGACAGCAGGAAUGAACAUGAUCUGAGCUGUGGAAUUUUGGAUUUUCUAACUUCCAACUUUAUUUUUUUUAUAAAACCAUGAAACAUUUUGGUUAAGCACAGUGUACAUUAAACCAGCUAAAUGUUCCUAGCUUCAUGAGUCCAUAAUGUUUCGACUCAUACAGAGUUAAGGAUGCUUUACUUUUAUGUCUAAAGCCCCCAGAUUGAUUCCGGAACACUAAUAAUGUUCAGAUAGCCACAACAUGUCUUAAUAUUUGAUGCUUUAUAGAAGGUCUUUAGCUACGGAAAUGGUAGACAGCCCAAAUCUAAUGUAGAAAAGCGUCAGAAAAAUCUCUUUGGGCAGAGAUACCAAACUGCACAACAGUGCUUAUUUGCCAAAUCAUUGUGGCUCUCCCAGGAAACUUCUAGAAGGUGUCUGGGGUCCUGGCUCUUACUGUGGCUAGAUGCCAAUAAAUGGUUUCAUUUUCUUUUAGAGAGAAGUGUGGUUACUCUGUAGAGAAGGGAUUCUAAGUGCAGCUGACCACUGUGGUGCAGUUCAUUGUUUACCUGUGGUACCUCUUCCUGUCAGGAUUGGGUAGGUGCCUGUGAGCUCUGAUUCUUAAGGUUGUGCGUGGCAGUCCCAUCCUCACCAGGCUGCAGACACAGUACCUUGUGAGAGAGGAGUUAAACUGGAGUCAGGAAUCUCAGAACUGCCUGGUGACCAGAUCAGACCCUGGCACUGCCUGUCCACCUGUCUUGGCUUGCUUUCAUUUUCUCUCCUGGGGGUGAGGUGCUGUGGUUUUUAAUCUCACACCAAUAAGGCAGAGAGACUCUCUCUCCCCUAACUCUCCCACCUCCCUAUUUAAAGAAAACUUUGGAUAUGUCUGCCUUUCUGAGUAUUUCCUCCCUUAAUUCGACUCACUAAUUUUUGAGGUUUACUGACAACACAAAGACCCCUUUGGCUGUACUGUUAUAAAUCUCACCUUUUUAUGAAUGUGGAUGCUUUCUUUCUUUGGGCUUUGUCUUUAUUUAGUUUGGUGGUGAAAUUUCUUGCUGGUUUUAAUUUCCACUGAAUGAGGUUUGUGCUUAAAUGAAGAGUGUGUCUUAAACCCCUUUUUUUUUGGGUAGGUUGCACUUGGAUAAGAUAGGCACCAUUGUGUUGAUAUGUAAUUAAGUUCAUAACUGUUAUCACCUCUAAUGUGACCAUCUUUAAAUAUUGUAGCUCAUUCCUUUGUUGAGGUUCUGUCUGCUGCUUUGUAAAAGUAACUGCUUGAUACUCCGCCUGAACGUUUUUUAAAUCCUAAUCAUUGUUGUGUAGGCUGUUGAGUGAUCCAGGAGCUACCCCACAGUUCUGGGCUCAGUGUUAAUUGUUUGUAAGGCUUAUGUGUGUCUGGGGACUUUCUCUGAGACAAAAAUAUGAAAGCAGAAAUUGAUGUGGAAAGUGGGUAGUGAUUCUGUGUUCGUUAAUAAAUUGCCGUCAUGGAGGUCAGAAAACAAGCCAGUUACAUGAAGAUAACGGUCCUGUGUACUCAAGCUCUGUAGAACUGAAUUGGGCAACUCGGAGUCGGGAAAGAGCUUUGUGAUAAGGUUUUUGGUUGAUGAUUUCACUCUUUUCUUGGCCUUGUACACAAGAAUAAUCAUUUGUAUAAAAGAAAAUAACAUAAAUAUUUAUAAAAUAAUGAAUUUGGACCACAGACUUUCUUCACCUUAUGCAGUAUACUGAAGAAUCCUGUCCUAUAAUUUAAUGCCCUUUUUUUCCCUUUAAAUGUAUCUGUCCUCUUUAUUGCAUCAAGUGGAUUUGAAAAUACAUUUGUGCCUUUUGUUUUGUGUUUAA